ACAAAAGCAUCAAUGUACAAAGCACUCUGAUGCUUGAAAGGUAAAAGAAAAUAAGAAAACAAGUAUAUAGACUUAAGAAAAAUAGACAAGGUACAGAUUUGAUAUAGUCUCUUUGCAGAGUCUUCUGUUUCUUACAGAAUCCUAUAAACACAUAAAUUCAGAAGGAUUCCGUAAUUUUGGAAGUCCAGGAUGAAUAUAUAGUUUCUGGAUAAGAUGGAAAUAGGAAGUAGAGCAGUAGAAGGUGCCUAGUUUUUUCUCAUCUAUCUCUUUCUCUCUGCUGAAUGCGUUAGUGAGCUAUUGUUUAGUUUCUCUUAAUCAAAUUAGUAAGCUGUGUUUAGUAUUUAGUAGACAAUAUACAGAAGUUAGAUCUUCUUAGAUGUAACGUAAUGCUUCCAAUUGAUCAUAGAUUAGUUCUACUAGAACCUUUUUGGAAAUUUUAAUGCUUGAGACUGUGAGCAACCUUAUGUUAGGUAUGCUUGCUCUGCAAUAGCAACUGGGGUCUAGUUUGACAUGGAUGCUUGGGGUACAGUACAGCUGAUUGUCUUUAAAAUAGAUAGAGAUUUGCAUUAUUCUCAUUCUGUAACAAUCUUGAGAUACUUAAGUUUGGUUUAUUUGUUGUUAAAUUGGUAAUAGACAGAGUACUAUCACAUCCCUUUUCUUUUUUUUUUGGAAAGAAAAGGUGAGAGAUAAUGGAAUCUAAGGUAAGCAAGUUUUAUUUGAGAUAUUGUGUAUUUCUUGGAUGGGAAUUUUGAAGCACCGCAGGCUUGGAAGGCAAUAUGGACAAAAUUUUGAUUUGUUGUGUAGUAUAUGCACUUAGUGUAAAAUCUAGUUUUUCCUAGUACUCUGCUGAUGACUCCCGUACUAUCCCUUGUUCAUUUACUGAAUGAUCCGGCAGAAUUUACACUUUUUGAGUUAUUGAGCAUAUAAGUUGGGAGAAAAGAUUCGCAGAUAGCUCCAAGAUACAAGUCCUUGAAGACAAAUACUUGUAAAGCACUCUUAACAGGUGGCAAUAGUUAUUUUCCUCUCUGACAGAGAAAAGCAUUUUAAAGUCUAACUGCUAGUAAGUUGGCUUCAGAUGGGCUAGAAUUGCAGUCACCCUUUGGGAGGAAAAAACAUUGCGAGAAUCUUGGAAGCAAGUGAAGACGUGGGAAGUUCCUUCUAUAGAAGUAAAGACGAGUCUGAUGAAGCAAAAUCAUGUUGACGAACCAAUGAACUGCUGAACUUUUGUACAAAGAGACAGCAGCAUAUCUUAGACCUCAACGCUUGUUGGCCUCAUUUGUGAUUAUUCACGGUAUCACCUAAGUAUCUGCAUUCGUUAUUCUCAAAGAAACCCAGUCAGUUUCUGCACACCCUUAUAUCAUAUAUAUAAAUAUUCCCAGCACCAUAAUACUAUAUAGAUCAAUCCACUCCACUUGCCUUAACGUGUGUCUGAAUCGUUGCCACCACACUCCCCCAACUUUUAAUUCCUGUACGUAGUAGUAGUAGCAGCAGUGGUACCUUCAUCUUUCUUUCUCAUGAUGUUCCCUCGAAUAUCACAAACCUGUGCUGAGCAAAAGAUUGCAGAGGCUGAUGAUAACUAUCAGAAGGCUAAAAGACUGGAACGAGCUCAAUGGCUUCGAGCAGCCAUUCUAGGGGCUAGUGAUGGUUUGCUUUCCACUACAUCGUUAAUGCUUGGUGUAGGUGCAGCAGAAGAAAAUGGGCGGUCCAUGGUUUUAACUGGAGUAGCUGGAGGUCUUGCAGGUGCCUGUAGUAUGGCUGUUGGGGAAUUUGUUUCUGUCUCAACCCAGAGAGAUAUUGAGAAGGCAACUGUUUCUCGCCAUAAUUCAGAACAUGGAGAGUAUGCCUCUGCCAUUAAGCUCGACAUUAUUGCCACUCCAGCUAGUAUUGAAAAAGACACAAAGCUUGGUGAGACUAAUUUAGCUGCUAACCCAUUGGAAAAUAUCCAGCACAUCAACUUCCUAUCUGAGCCAAGAGAGAAAGGGUCACCAAGUAUUGUGGUUGAGCCAACAUUGCCUCUUUCUGUGACUCCUGGAAGGUCUCCUAUCUUGAAAAUUCUUAAAGAAGAUGCAAGGGAAGUUUCUGGGAUGUUGCAGGAGGAUAACAGAGAAGUGCUGAUUGCAAACCCCUACAAGGCUGCAGCUGCAUCAGCUGUAUCAUUUUUGUUUGGGUCAUCUGUGCCGUUGGUGCCUGCCAUUCUUGUUACUCAUAAUGCAAGUAGGAUCAUGGUGAUUGUGGUGGUCGCAUCAAUGGCUUUGGUUCUGUUUGGCGGCUAUGGAGCUUACCUUGGUGGUUCACCAAUUAGGAUGUCUGCAGUAAGAGUCUUGGUUGGUGGUUGGAUCGCCAUGGCAGUUACUUAUGGCUUGCUUAAGCCUUUUGACAGUGACGAUGAGGACCCAUAACGCAACAGAUUAGUUCCAUGCAUGAACAAGCAUUAAUGAAACAGAAAUUUUGUAUCUUCACAGCCUCCAGUGUGGAAGAAAAAGUUUUCUUUUUAAUUUAUUUUCCGUACAUAGCCGAAGCUGAUAAUAUUUGUUAGUUAUUGUUUGCCUGCUGAAUGUUCGUAUUUCCAACAAGAUUCAGGUUUCAGAACUCUUAUUAUUAUGGCCAAUGUGUUGUUGGGAAUAUGCAUACGAAUUAUACAUAUUGCACAAGCAUGAAUUCCUACAUUCCAUUUAACAUAAAAUGGAAAUUUGAGGAACAC